UAAAUUAUAUCACCGUUGUUAAUCAGUAACAGUAACAUUUUGUUUUUACCGUGACGAGCACAUACAACGUAUAGUACAGUAUCAUAACUGCUAUAAGAGCCUAUCACUGCGAAUCAAUAUUACAUAUCUGGUAGUACAUAACUUGUGAAAUGGCUGCGACUGUGUCUGGUUCACUGGACAUUAACGAAUUGCCAAUUUCGCGUCGCGAGUUGACCAAAAUUUCGUUUGAAAACAUCAUCGAAGCAAUUUCACCCGAACUGUCAAAGAUUUUCGAGCUCGUGAGCGUGGAAGUGAUUCAAUGUCCCAAUUUAACGCAACCACCGUUUUACUUGGCCGCCGAAGGAUUAAGUGGCAACGAAACAGCAAUGCAAUUCGGCGGUUUACCGUAUGUAAUGCCUUUCGGAAAGAAAGAAAAAUUGUACGACAUGAAAGACAUCAUGAAAAUCACUGGGUUCGAUCCUUUGUUCGUGGUCGGAGCAGGAGCGGGCCCUUGGCCGUACGCUAACAUCUGCAGCGAGUUCAUCGGAAACCUACGUAUGACGAGCAACAAUAGCGUCAACAAUCGUUCUCACAUUUACACGAUUGACCCUAAGAAUGACCAACUCGUUCACGAGGAACUGCCACAGAAUGAAACGAGAUUCUCGCAUAUGGCCCACUUCUUUACCAGCAACGGUUUCAGAGGAGAGGUUUUGAAAAUAGUGUGUGAAAAACGAAUAGAUUCAGUAGAUUUCGUGACGUCAAUUAGAUUAGCGUUGAAGAAAUAUUUUGGCAACGAAACGGUUGUAUUGGGUGGAGUGAUUUUAAUAGAAAACGGUAAAGUGAAAGUUCACGUGUGUCCGGACUAUUCGAAGACACCUCUGGACUCUGAAAAAAAAUUAAAGGAUUGGUUAAAGAUCUACGACUUGCCUACGCCGUUGGUGUGCCUCGGUUACGUCGCCUCUCAUGACGCAGGCCUGGACAUGAUGCCUCUACAGCAUUUCCAUGUGUUCAGCGAUCACGGUUCGGGUGGACAUUAUAUGAACGAUGUAGAACCGGCCACUAUCAAAUACACAGCUUAUUUUAACAUCGCUAAAAACUUCAUCAGAGUCGAUCAGCCAGAAGCACCUUUUUCGUUUGAAAACUUCUAAACGUUCGUUUAACUGUACAAAUAAACCAUUGCGUUGCUUUAAUGUUUAGUCUUGAAGUUGUAGCAGUAGAAAAAAUUAGUAUAGAUACUGUUUUAGCUGUGUACACUACGGAACUGAAACGUUUGUAAAAUAGUGAAGUUUUUUUUUAUAGUACAAUUCGCUGUUUUAAUUUUAAAUACUUGAUCAAGAUUCAGUGCGAGAUAAACACUAAUUACAUAGGAACGUUUAAUUACGCGAGACAGAGUUUUCUUCAUAGUGUUCAAAGUAAUGUCCAUCGUGUUCGAAGUUAACCUUGGUGAGGAUGCAGCUACAAAAAACGUUAAAUCUAAUGUAUGGAAUCGAAAGAUUUUACUUUGUUAAUUCUAAUGUUUAAGAACUUGAUUUAAAGUGCCAUUUAUAAUAUAAAAUAUUGACGAUUAUUU